AUGUCGCCGAUAAUCUCCUCCUCCCCGUCUUCAACUCUUCUCCAGUCGCUUGGAGUUCCCAACGAUUCUCAGACUGUUUCACAUCUCCAUUGGAUAUAUUACCUCCAAAUGCUCCUGGUUAUUCCCUUUUGUUAUAUCGGCUAUCGUGUCUUCAGGACAUUAUUUGCUCUGCUGAAGGCAGUGUUCAUAUACCUGAUUGCGCCGAUCUUUUAUGAGCCAGACUUAACAAAAUAUGAAAACCGAUGGACAGUUGUUACCGGAGGCACUGAUGGAAUCGGGAAGGCCUAUACCUGCGAACUCGCCAAGAGAGGUCUUAGAAAGUUCGUUCUGAUCGGUAGAAGUCAAACGAAGUUAGCCGAUGUAAAAUCUUUCUUGGAAUCAACAUACCAAUGUCGGGUUAAAACUUUCCUUUUCGAUUUUAACUCUGAUGACUACGAUAAGUUGAGAGCUUACGUGUCCGAUAUUGAUGUUGGGUUCGUAGUUAACAGUGUUGGUGUUGGACGUGAAAACUUAGAGCGUUAUGGUGAUAACCCAGACGCUGAUCGUCAAAUACUGAAAAUUAACGGACUUGGAUCUGCAGAGUUCCUGUCCCUCGUUCUCCCAGCAAUGGAAAGACAUGGAGGUGGACAGAUCGUAGUUCUCUCGUCAUCACAAGGAUAUCGUCCUAUUCCACUUCUUGCCGCUUAUUGUGCAUCAAAGGCUGUCAUGUCGUUCCUAUGCGAAGCUAUUGAUCGCGAGUACAAGACUAUCAAUGUUCAAUGCCUAACCCCAGCAUUAAUUGCUACCAAGAUGGUUUACUAUAAAACUGGAUCCCUAUUUGUGGUGACACCAGAAGCUUUCGCUAAAGAAUCUGUUAACUCUCUAGGACUGGCAAAGAAAACAUCAGGAUGUUUCAACCAUGAGAUUCAAAUGCUCCUCAUGCACUUGUUCCCAUGGAGCAUUCUCAAGUACAUGAUUAUGCCUAUAUACUAUCACCAUCGCAGACGUAUGACAAGGAUUCACGCACAAGCUGCAAAGGAACAAUCCCAGCAGAACUUAGUACCCCGAGUAUCUCAAACAGCUUAA